AUGUUCUAUUCGGAGCUCCUCCUUACCAAGACCGGGCCGCUGGCUCGCGUUUGGCUCGCUUCCAACCUCGAUCGAAAGCUCACCAAGCAGAACGUCCUGCAAUCGAACCUGGAGAACAAUGUGAAGGACAUCAUUGGCGGCGAGCAGGCGCCAAUUGCGCUGCGCCUAAGUGGCCAGUUGCUGUUGGGUGUUGUGAAGAUCUACAACCGCAAGGCCAAGUACUUGAUGGACGACUGUAGCGAAGCGCUGCUCAAAAUCAAGAUGGCCUUUCGACCCGGCAACGUCGAUCUUCCCAGUGAUCAGUCACACAAGGCAAACCCCAACGCUCUCAUCCUACCCGACACCAUCACCGAACUCGACCUCUUCGCCCCUCUACCCGACCCUGAAGACCUCCUCCGCGAACCAGAAGCCCGCGCACCUGGGCAAGAUCCGACACUGCUCGAUUUUGGAAUGAGCCAAAUGCUUGACAGCCAGACACCGACCCGCACACAAAGAACGCGCUUACUAAAUCUUGACGACGAUGAUCUUGGCCUUGAUCUUGGUCUCGACGAAGACCCCAUUCGCUCGACUCCCAUGAGUGAGGGACAGAGCAUCGAGCAGGGACGUCGAGCUCCCACGCCGCGUCGUGACGAGCCGACAAUGUUGGAAGACGACGAUCUUGGUCUGGACUUUGGGUUCGGGGAUACAACGAUGAACCCGACACUGGGAGGCAACGACGGACCUAUGCCUGGACUUGAUGAUGACUUCCCGAUGGGCGGCGUGGACAAUGAUGAGAUUGCGAAGGCGAAUGAGGCGGCUCUUGACCGUGCUGAUGAGCGGAGGCGUCGUGAUUCCGAAUCGCCACUGUCAUCCGUUCGCUCCAGUGUAGAGCGUGACCUUGAGCGGACCUUCCAGCUCGACCAGAAUAUGGACGAAACCGAUCCAACUAUGGUCCAAGCAGCUCAGCGAGUCAAGCGGAGAAGAGUCAUUCGCAUGGACGACCAGACUGAACUCGCCAGUGCUCAGAUCAAAGCUCAGCAAGAGGACCACUCCAACAUCACAAAGGCCCCGUCAUUCCUUCCUCGAGAUCCACUCCUUCUUCAGCUCAUGGAGAUGCAGCGGAAUGGCAGCUUUGUCAGCAAUCUCAUGGGCGAUGGUCGCAUGCAAGGCUGGGCACCCGAGCUUCGCGGCAUCUUCUCAUUGGAAGUCAUUCGGAAAGCAGGAGACAAGAAGCGAAAGCGCGACUCUGGUAUUGCCGAUGUCGAAACUGACGGUGAGCGCCAGGAGAGCCCUCGACUGGAGAUCCCACAAGACGAAGAUGAAGGCCUGCCUACAGGUGCGGGCGCAAACGACUUCGGCGCUGACCCUACGCUCAACGACGACGACGCACCCCUCAUCAUGUCCGAUGGUCUCGACCGCCAACAGGACGAUGAAGAAGCCUAUGACGACGCACCCAUGAACUUUGAUAUCACCGAAGCACCCCUCCUUCACCCUUCCCAGUCAGGCCCUGUAGCAGUGGGCACGAAGAAGAUGGUGCAUCUUCUCCGCGAACACUUUGCGCCCGACCACCCGAAGACUGCGACAGAGCCACCGACGCCAUCCAAGCGCACCGUGGCAUCGGCGCUGUUCACAGAUCUGUGUCCUGCCAAGACGACCUCCCGACAGGAUGCGACGAAGAUGUUUUUUGAGUUACUGGUGCUGGGCACGAAAGACGCCAUCAAGGUCGAGCAGGAGAACAAGUCGUUGGGAAUGCCGAUUCGUGUGCGUGGCAAGAGAGGACUAUGGGGCGAUUGGGCCGAAAUGCAGUCCGGCGGAGAGAUCGCUACUCAGGAACAAGAAGUCUCGAACGAAGUCGAGGCAGCAGCUUGA